UGUGGCCCUCCGGAGGGACUGGACGACUGUACUCCGGGGAAUGUUCUGUCGUUCAGUGAGACUCGUGCCCAGCAGCUAGUGAACCACAGAGCUGAGCGCUUCCUGUGUUUCAACCAGCGACAGCUGUCUAGAAUCUACCCCUCAGCCUACCGUAUAGACUCGUCCAACUUCAACCCUCAGCUCUACUGGAAUGUGGGCUGUCAGCUGGUGGCUCUGAACUACCAGACAGAGGGUCGGAUGAUGCAGCUGAACAGAGCCAAGUUCAUGGUGAACGGUGACUGUGGCUACGCCCUCAAACCUCCACCCAUGUGUAAAGGCUCGUUCAACCCGUUCUGUGAUGACCCCCUCCCUGCCUAUCCCAACAAACAGCUGGUACUGAAGAUCAUCAGUGGCCAACAGCUUCCCAAACCACCAGACUCUAUGUUGGGGGACCGAGGAGAGAUCAUUGACCCGUUUGUAGAGGUGGAGAUCAUCGGCCUGCCAGUGGACUGCUGCAAGGGGCAGACACGAGUAGUGGACGAUAACGGUUUUAACCCCGUGUGGGAGGAGAACCUGUCCUUUACCCUCCACAUGGCGGAGGUGGCUCUGGUGCGUUUCCUCGUCUGGGACCACGACCCCAUUGGACGGGACUUUGUAGGCCAGAGGACCGUACCCUUCGGCAGCCUGAUGCCAGGUUAUAGACAUGUGUACUUGGAGGGGUUGACUGAGGCGUCCAUCUUUAUCCACGUAACAGUUCAUGACAUCUAUGGGAAG